CAAUCAAUAUUCUACAGAGACUCGGAACCGGCUGCUGAAACGCGGAUCUAUAAUCACUAUAUUCCUCUCUUUUCAGUCGGUUCACCAGGACUUUAGUGUUUGAAAAAGAAGCAAUUAUGGAUUUACUUAAUUCUGGGGAAAGAUUUCACCCUGACAGGCUGGUCGUUCACCGCUCUCUGGAACAUGGGUAAAAGAAAGAAACAGUUCGUUGUUGUGAUGUGAAAGUGACACAGUUCUAGCUGUUAUUCUGUAAAAUUUUGGAGUACAUGUUUAACGUCAGUUUUUGAACGUUCUGUAAACAAUGACAACGAUCGAUGACAAUCGGGUCAUACUGAAUGUUGGCGGGAUCCGCCACGAGACUUACAAGGCCACCCUGAAGAAGAUCCCCGCCACCCGUCUGUCACGUCUCACGGAGGCUCUGGCCAACUACGACCCUAUACUUAAUGAAUAUUUCUUUGAUCGUCACCCUGGGGUGUUCGCACAAAUUCUCAAUUACUACAGGACGGGGAAACUCCAUUACCCCACGGACGUCUGCGGUCCUCUCUUUGAGGAGGAGCUGGAGUUCUGGGGACUGGACUCUAACCAAGUAGAGCCGUGUUGUUGGAUGACGUACACCCAGCACAGGGACACGCAAGACGUGCUGGCGAUUCUAGACCGACUGGACCUCGACACGGACAAACCGACGGAGGAGGACAUCAUGAAGAAAUUCGGCUGGGAGGAGGAAUAUAGGGCAGGGGAGUUAAACUGCUGGCAAAGGAUCCAGCCCAAGAUCUGGGCCCUAUUUGACGAACCCUACUCGUCCAAUGCUGCCAAGGUUAUAGCCGUUGUAUCAGUAUUUUUCAUCGUGGUUUCUAUUCUCUCCUUCUGUUUGAAAACUCACCCUGAGAUGAGAGUGCCAGUGCUCAGGAAUACUACUUCGAACACUUCCGACGGGCAAAUGUCAUGGCGGUUAGAGAAAAAGAAAACAGAACCUCACCAGGCUUUUUUCUAUAUCGAGUGUGCAAGCAAUGCUUGGUUUACAUUUGAAAUAAUAAUUCGUUUGAUAGUUGCACCAAAUAAGUUAGAUUUUCUGAAAGCACCGGUGAACAUCAUCGACAUAAUUGCCACACUUUCAUUCUAUUUGGAUUUUAUGUUGACAAAGCUGAAACAAGAAAAUGAUAUACUGGAGUUUUUUAGUAUAAUCCGUAUUAUGCGACUGUGUAAACUCACCCGCCAUUCUGCAGGGCUGAAAAUUCUUAUUCAUACCUUCAAAGCAAGUGCGAAGGAACUUGUUCUACUGGUGUUUUUUCUAGUGUUAGGCAUUGUGAUUUUUGCCGCUUUGAUAUUUUAUGCGGAACGAAUUCAAUAUAACCCGGAUAAUGAUUUCACUUCAAUUCCGGUUGGACUGUGGUGGGCAAUAGUUACUAUGACAACUGUAGGCUAUGGAGACAUGGCACCGAAAACAUACGUCGGAAUGUUUGUUGGUGCUCUCUGUGCGUUGCUGGGUGUACUAACAAUUGCACUUCCGGUACCAGUUAUCGUGAGCAACUUUGCCCUGUUUUAUUCCCAUACACAGGCACGAUCCAAACUACCGAAGAAAAGACGGCGAGUUCUGCCGGUAGAGCUGCCCAGACCGAAGGGUCCAAAGGGGAUGGGGCCGGGAGGAGGACCCCCUCCAAUCAACAGGCAUAGGAACGCUAUAAAACACCCUCCCGUAGGACAGCAAGACCACAAAAUAAACAGAAUGGACCAAGGUUGUAUACAGCAACUGAUGCCCUUCCGUACAUAUCCGUACGGGUAUUACCUAGGCCGAGCAGGAGAGGAAUCGAUCCCGAUGUUGAUGAUAAAUCACACCGAUAAAGAGGAUAAUACGGUACCUCGAUCCCGACCCCAAUCCCAUGUGGUAGACAAGAAUCCCCCGCGACUAGUGGAAAUAAGUUCUAACCCCGGAACCCCUCUAAAAGUUACCGAAAUUAAGCCAACUGAUGCCACAGGAAUCACGAGCUUGAUUAUGGCGCCAAACGCCAACCUUAACAGCACACCUGUGGGAGCGAGUAAAUGUACGACCCCCACAUCAGUCAGCCUUGGGGUCAACAGCAACUCUGUCUCCAGUCCCGCCACUGCCACCACCACCGGGUCACCACAAAACCAGGAGAAGGCAGACUUAGUGAACAGUGCUCACGUGACAGAUGGUGCUGCAACAGACCCCUCCAAAAUAUCAAACUCUUCAGCCGUGAACAACGCGACGGAGCCUAGACACUACUCCCCCUCCACCUCACCCCCAAAGUCCAACAAUCUAGUGGCUGUCAACACGUAACCCAGGCUUCGUGUCGCUAUGUCGUCCAGUUAAGUGACUUCCAGCCGAGCAAGACAUAUCGGAAAAUAAAGUUUAUGACGUCACGUCUGCUCUUCGAAACCGGAAGUGGGACUGUCGGAGAAUGGCUAGUUACCUGUAGAAUGUCCUCGUGUUCUGCUUCACAUGACAAAGCGACACCUGGUGUAGGUUAGGAACAUGCAUAGAAAUGUGAUGAUUUUUCCAUCUAUAUUUCUAUAUAAACAAAUAUUUGAAUUCAUUCACUUCCCACGUCUGUGAUGUUGACCCCUUUACACAUAUUAAAUGUUGUCCCAUGUAAUUAACUAGAGAAUUUCAUUAAUGGCAAAAAAUGUAGAUUCUUAUCAGUUUAAAGUGUCAAAUCAGAGUUAUUCCCCAUAUACGAAACCAAUACUUAUAUCACAAUGUGCACAAUUUAAAAUUGUUUACCGUUUCCUCCUUAGUUAAAAUUGGUCACAAAACAAUUUGCAACGAACCCCCUGAGAAUGCUAUCACUGACUGAUAGCGAGUCCUUUGUUUUGUUAACAUGUACAACGCAACCGAACGAUAUUAUAUACAGCUUCAGUAUUGUCAUAACAUGGAAGGAAGAUUCUCCACAACUGAGUAAUCUUGCUGUGUACAUCUUUACGCACUGUAUGUAGUUAAAUGCCAAGAAUUUUAUGUUGAAAAGUUUUUAAGUCUUUUAGACUCAGUGUCUCAAAAUCGCCUAUUAUUUGGAUUUUUCCUACAGUUUAAAGAUUCAAUUAUCAUGAUAUUCAGCCAUAGAGUAAAAUUUUAGAAGACAAAUAUUAAACUAGGAUAAACUCCAAAAUUUGUUAAUAGAAAAUGUUCAAGUUUACAAAGUAGAAUAAAUAUGAAUCACAAAUUAUGAAUUAGAGUUAAAUUGAAUAAGAAAAAGUAUACUAGUUUACAUUGUUAGCACUUGUAGUUUAUAUCUUGUACGUUUCUACAGGCACCAACUAAUAUUGUCAUGGUAAAUUGACCUGGGUAGGCGUCACUUAAUUCAUUUUUGUGCUUAGUGGCACAGCUAAUGUUUCUGAGUGACCCCAGUGGUUUGUUGAGAUACGCUGAUUUUUUAAAUAUGCUGUUGAUUUCUUGUAGAAUUUUAUUUUUCUUUUCCCCUAGUGUUGAGUACUUCCGGUUGUAGACCGGAAACGGAACUUAUCAGUUCUAUUUGUUGAACAAUGUAUAUCAAUCGUGUGUGUGGUUCAUGUAUAUAAUUGUUUAUAAUAUUAUAAAUAUAUACACAGCGAAAUUUAUUUUUCUCAUUCUCCCCUCUAAAUAUAGCCAGUCAAACACCCAAUAUUCCUUUAUAUACAAACAAAAAUUUUUAUUGUUAAACCAUAUGCUACACAAAAAAACACCUUUUUAAGAAGAAAAAAUCAUUGCAUCUUUGUAUAAGCUGCUUUUUUAUUUCGAAAAUCAAUAUUAAAUAUUCGGAAAUAGUUAUCGCAAACAACAGCAACUCAUUGUGAUUAUUUGUAUUCGACAAUAUUAAAAAGAAAAACUUGUUUCAGAAAAUAAACUUGUUAUCCAUUUUGGCUUUCUGUGUAGCAAUGUUUUUUUUUUAUCUACGAAAGGUAAACUUUCUAUUCACUCAAAGAAAAUACAGCAUAGAAAAAAAAAUGCCAAAAGAUCACUGCAGGCAGAAAUAUCGAUCAACUCCCAAACAGACUGUAGACGGAUGUACAUGUAGAGUUGUUCUAAUUGUAGAAAAUAGCUUCAAAAGGAUGAGGAUAAUCAUAUCAAUUACAAAAAGAAAAUCAAAUCCUGUCAGAUUUUAGCACGUCUUGAGUUUUCAUAUAUUACAGACACUUCUUACUCUGCCGCCCUUUUUCCUCCCUCCUAUUAACGACUGAUCUUGAUCUAUAUAUAGAAAUCCUCUGACGGGGUUUUAACUUGCUGUCUUAUGAACUGACUCUGUAAAAACUGGACAUUUUCACUUUGUUACAGAAACUGCAAAAUGAUAAUAAAUCAUUGUCUUAUUCA